AUGCUGAGUCUUUUGUGGCCCCACACAAAGGUUGUGGCUAGGAGGACAUUCAGCACUCCCUGCUCUAGAAUAUUGGUGACAAAUCUGAGCUCGAAUUUCAAAAGCUUUCACUCGAUCAGACCUUUACACUUGAAGAAUGAUAAUCCUAGCGGUGACCAUCAAGGGAAAGAUAAUAACAGGCAGGAUGGCAAUGAGGACGCGACAGACAAGGAUCUUGAAUCUUUAAAGCAGGAGAUGAACCGAUUUAUUGAAGAAGCUAAAAAAGGCGGCCUUGGUGGCAACUGGCAGGAGCGCCAAAAUAAAAUAAACAAAGAGAUCAAACGACUAGAGGAGACGAUUGCGAGGCAGCAAGCAAGGCAGAAGCAAGUGGACGAAGAAAAUGAAUCAAAUAAAAAUCAAGAUCCUUUCAAUUUCCAAUCCAGACAAUCGAAAGAAGCGGAAGAUUUGCAUAGGAGGAUGAACGAGAACAGAAAAGCUGAGGAGGAGAAGUUCAAGCAGUCUCUCAAUAACCCUAACGUUUCUACCUCCAAUAACAUUGGCUUGUUUCAGCUUGGAUUAACCUUCCUGUUGCUUUCUUUCGUGCUGAACAUCUUUAACGCAGCAGAGGAACCAAAAGAGAUAACGUGGCAAGACUUCCGUUGCAAGCUACUGGCGAGAGGCCACGUCUCGAAAUUGGUGGUUGUGAACAAAUCGUUUGUUAAAGUCUUACUCAACGAAGCAGGUAAGAACCAACCUGAAAAUGCGGGCCAUGAUUAUUACUUCUUCACGAUCGGUUCAGUUGAAAGCUUUGAGAAGAAGCUGCAAAAGGCUCAAGAUCAAAUUGGUAUUGCCAACGAUUUCAGAGUACCAGUUGUUUACGUGCAAGAGGGGAAUUGGGCACGCGCUAUGUUCCAGAUACUACCAACAGCUCUGAUGAUUGCAGGUAUCAUAUGGUUGACUCGCAGAUCGGCAUCUGCUUCCGGUGCCAGCGGAGGAGGUAUUUUUGGUAUGGGCCGCUCCAAAGCCAAAAGAUUUAACACUGAAACCGAUGUUAAGGUGAAGUUCAAAGACGUCGCAGGCUGUGACGAGGCCAAGGAGGAAAUUAUGGAAUUCGUUAGUUUCUUGAAAGAACCUAAGAGAUACGAAAAAAUGGGCGCUAAAAUUCCAAGAGGAGCCAUUCUUUCUGGUCCUCCGGGUACCGGUAAGACGUUAUUGGCCAAAGCAACUGCUGGAGAAGCGGGUGUCCCCUUUUUCUUCGUAUCCGGUUCGGAGUUUGUUGAGAUGUUUGUUGGUGUUGGUGCUUCAAGAGUACGGGACUUAUUCAAGACUGCACGAGAGAACGCACCGUCAAUGGUAUUCAUUGAUGAAAUCGAUGCUAUUGGUAAAGCAAGGCAGAAGGGUAACAUUUCGGGUGCUAAUGAUGAAAGGGAAAACACGUUGAACCAGCUAUUGGUCGAAAUGGACGGCUUUACGCCUGCUGACCACGUUGUCGUGUUGGCGGGUACCAACAGACCUGACAUUUUGGACAAAGCUUUACUAAGACCGGGGAGAUUUGAUAGGCAUGUGAAUAUUGACAAGCCGGAGCUUUCUGGAAGACAAGCGAUUUUUGAAGUUCAUAUGAAGAAAAUAAAACUGGCCGGAGAUAUUUACGACUUGAAGAAUAGACUGGCGGCUUUGACUCCUGGGUUUUCUGGCGCUGACAUUGCAAACGUCUGCAAUGAGGCUGCGCUGAUUGCCGCAAGAGGUAACUCUCAUUCAGUGAAACUGGAGCAUUUUGAGCAGGCCGUGGAAAGAGUCAUCGGAGGAGUAGAGAGGAAAUCGAAGUUAUUGUCUCCUGAGGAGAAACGUGUCGUGGCCUACCAUGAAGCUGGCCACGCCAUUUGUGGUUGGUUUUUAGAAUUUGCGGACCCGUUGCUGAAAGUGAGUAUUAUUCCUCGUGGCCAGGGAGCUCUUGGCUAUGCCCAAUACUUACCAGGUGACAUAUAUCUUCUAACUGAGCAGCAGUUGAGAGAUAGAAUCACCAUGUCUUUAGGCGGGAGAGUCUCUGAAGAGCUGCAUUUCAGCAGCGUAACCAGCGGUGCCUCUGACGAUCUAAAGAAGGUGACCCGCAUGGCGACUGCGAUGGUCACCGAACUCGGAAUGAGUCCGAAGAUUGGCUGGAUCAACUACAAGAAAAGGGAUGAUACAGAUCUCACAAAACCGUUCUCAGAAGAAACCGGAACGAUCAUCGAUGAGGAGGUCUACCGAGUCAUUCAAGAAUGUCAUGAUAGAUGUACAAGACUGCUGAAAGAAAAAGCCCAAGAGCUUGAGAAAGUUGCUCAGCUCUUACUCAAGAAAGAAGUCUUGACCAGAGAAGACAUGAUUAAUAUGCUGGGCAAGCGUCCCUUCCCAGAAAGGAACGAUGCGUUCGAUAAGUAUCUAAAUGAGACCGAAACUGAGAGGAUUAAGAAAUCAGAGCAGGAUGACAGGAAACAUUAUGAGAAUCGGAAUGAGACCGAAGCUGAUCUACGAUGA